AUGCUGGACAGCGCGUUUGUCGACGCGCUGCUGCGCCAUUUUGGCGAGCGCGGGGUGCAGCUGGCCGUCGCCCGCACCAGCGGCGAGCCGGUCGCGAUGCUGCUGCUGCAAGGCCAGUCGCGCGGGCUGGGCGUCUGGUCGAGCUACCUGCCCUCGCAGACGCAGAUCGGCCCGAGCCUGAUUGCCCCCGGCCUGCCGCUUGCGGGCCUGUUCCGCGUGCUGCCCGGCUAUGCCAGCGAGCUGGACCUGCUUUGCAACGACCCGCGUUUCGGUGACUGGCGCGAAUCGCCGGGCCGCCCCGCCAAGGCCCUGCCGCACGCGCUGACCAUGAACGUGGCGCUGCGCGACAGCUUUGACGACUACUGGGCGCAGCGGCCGCGCAAGCUGAUCCAGAACAUGCGGCGCUAUCUGCGCCGGCUGCAGUCCGAAGGCGGGACCGAACGGCUCGUGGUCAUUUCGGCGGCCGACGACAUGGGCGCCGCCGUGGCCCGUUAUGCCGAGCUGGAAAGCCGCGGCUGGAAGGGACGCGAGGGCACCGCGGUCAGCAGCGACAACCCGCAGGGUCGCUUCUACGCCGAGGUCAUGCACGAUUUCGCCGCCCGAGGUGAAGCCCUCGUGUACGAGCUGUGGCUGGACGACCAGCUGCUGGCCUCGCGCAUGAUGCUGCUGCGCCGGAGCAUGGGCGUCAUGCUCAAGACCGCCUUCGACGAGCGCUUCGAGCGCUUCGCGCCGGGCCGCGUGCUGCUGCUGCGCACGCUGGAGGACUUGUUCCGCCGCGCGCCGGGUGCGGUCGUCGAGUUCUACACGAAUGCCGAUGCCGACCUGCUGGCCUGGUCCACGUCGCAGCGCUGGAUCCAGCACGUCAGCGUCUACCGCCACGCCGGCCUGCCGUCGCUGUACGGCCUGCUGCGCCGCGGGGCACGCGGCGUGCGCCGCCAGGGCGCCAGGCAGGUGGACAGCGAAAUCAUGGUCCACCGCAGCGGUGCCAGCGUGGACACCUACGUCCACGUGCGCGAACUGCCGCCAGAGGCCCUGGCGCUGAUGAGCCAGGCCGAGCAGCAGCACAUCGAGUACGGCGCCGACUGGUACGCCAAUCUCAUCGACAGCGUCUACGCGCUGGAGCCCCAGACCAGCCAGCGAACUCUGCGCGCCGAAACGCAUCAGCCGGCGCCAGGCAUUCAGGUUGGGCCGCAGCCGCGCGCCAUCGGGCCGGGCGAUCCAGGCGCCGGCGCAGUUCACGACGUUCGUCGUGAGCGCCCCCAGCGCCAGGGCCAUGACCCCGCCGCCGGCCAAGGCCAGGCCCACGCUGACGAGGGCACCGAUGCCGGCGCUGGACAGGCCGAUGAUCGCCAGCGAGCGGAAGGCCAUCUCCCGGCGCAGCAGGGCCAUCGUGACCGUCGAGAACGGCAGCAGCAGGAAGUUGAAGGCGCACACCCACAGCGUGUCGCGCACGAUCCUUCUCCUGGAUGA